CUGUAACCUCUUGGCUUUCCAGCUUUCAUGAUUCCAGAGCCAUACCUUAUAUUUUAACCCAUCAUACAAAUCACAUGUCACAAGAACAUAGCGCUCCUCCUCCCCGCUAUCUCGGAUUCGUCGCGGGGAUGUUCUCCGGUGUGGCCAAGAAUCUUGUUGGUCAUCCGUUUGACACCAUCAAAGUCAGAUUGCAAACCUCCGAUGGAAGAUUCAAGGGUCCAAUGGACUGCGUGUUAAAAACCUGGAGAAAUGAAGGUUUACGAGGCUUCUACAAGGGAUGCACACCUCCGUUGGUCGGUUGGGUCAUCAUGGACAGUGUGAUGUUGGGGUCCUUGCAUACGUACCGUCGCUUCUUGAAGGAGAACUUUUUCAAGUCAGACGCAAAAUUGCCGUUGAGUGGUCAUUGCAUAGCCGGGCUCAUGUCCGGGUUGACCGUGAGCAUGGUCGCCGCGCCUGUAGAGCAGGUAAAGGCAAGAUUGCAGAUCCAAUACGAUGGAAAGACGAAGCAAUACACCGGGCCAGUCAACUGUGUGUCGCAGUUGAUCAAACAGAGUGGGAUUCGCGGGAUCUACAAGGGGUUGUGCUCCACCAUGAUCUUCAGAACCAACUUCGUCUUCUGGUGGGGGUCAUACGAGAUUUUCACCCAGUGGUUCAAGACGAAUACGUCCUUGUCCAACCCUGCUAUCAACUUCUGGUCUGGUGGAUUAUCUGCUUCUGUCUUCUGGAUCUUUGCCUACCCAGCGGAUGUGGUCAAGCAAGUCAUCAUGACUGACGAUGUGAAGAACCCAAAGUUCAAAAGAUGGAUCCACGCCGUGAAGUGGGUCUACGAAACUCGAGGAUUGAAAGGGUUUGUGAGAGGAUUUGGGCCAUCGAUCUUGAGAUCGUUCCCUGCCAAUGCCGCUGCCUUGGCUGCCUUUGAGGCGGUAAUGAGAACCUUGCACUAAGAGGGCUAAAAUGGUGAAUGAUCUGGUUAUCUGUCACUAACUUUAAUAAUAGAUUACAUUGAAG